AUGCUGGCGGCACAGCUCCAGGAGUGGUGUGAGCGCCAUGAGGCCCCAGUGCCACCGCUGGAGGCGCUGGCAAGGCCUGACGCGCCCGAAGUCCUGCGCAAGCUGGUGGCACACCUGGUAAAGUGCGCGCCGGCGCCGCUGCCGCAGGCUCCGUCUCCCGGAGCGGGUGAGGGCCAGCAUGCGGCACAGCUGCGGAUGCUGCGGGCAGAGGCGGCGUCCAUCGAUGACGAGCUUUCAGAGGCCGCCGCUGCCGAGGCCGCAGCGACCGCUCGCUACGCCCGAGCCUCGGCCGCCGCCGCCCUCAUGGCCGCUCACAACGCACAUCUCGACGUGCUCGACGACGAGACGGCUGCCAUGCGCGAGGUCUACGACGCAGCCGGAAGUAGCCUGCGCCGCAUGCUUGCGGCCGGCGGGCGUGAUGCAGGGGCCGGGGCUGUCGCACGGCUGGUUGCCACAGCCCGUUCCGGAUCUCUCGAUCCGGCUGAGACCCGCUCCCUGCCGCCCGCCGAGCUGCUGGACGGCUUGACCGAGCUGGCGGCGACCGAGACUUCCCGCAUGAAGGCCGAAAACGAGCGCGGGCCGCUCGAGCCGCUUCUCGAGCCGCCAGUGUCAGCCACUGACUCGGUGGCUGCCGUUCUUGCCGAGCUCCGCGACUCGCACGUCCGCCGCUUUGUCCAAACGGUGGCUGUCGCCGACGAUGCUGCCGCGCUCCGGGCCGAGGCCGACGCACUAACAGCCGCUGCGCCGCCAGCUCUGGUGGCCGCAGCAGCCGCCGCUGGUCUUGUCGCCCGCGCCGACGCGCUCGACAAGCUCGUCGCCUCGUUCGAGGCCGUCCUCGCCAACGAGGUUGGUUCCAACAACGAGCUGCGUGCCAAGGCUGCUGCCAUCGGCGAGAUGCAGGAGGCGUACGCGCGAGGUAAGGUUGCGCUCGCUGCAGGAGUUGCCGCCAACACCCGCACCGCCGACCAGCUUCGGGCGAGCCAUGCCCGCCUUCGGGCUGCGGUCAACACAGACCUCGCGCCGAUGCCUCGCAGGCUCGCCCUCGCCUCGUCCUCGCUCACUGCGCUCCGCCUCAAAACGCUCGACGCCCUCGCGGAACACGCCCAGCUGCUAGAGACGCUAACGCUCGCCGGACGCCGUGCCGGCGUCGACCCGGGCGCGCUCGCGCCUGCUCCUCUUCGCGACCUUGCUGCCGCUGCCGGCUUUGACCCGAGCAGCCAGCGCUGGUCGCUUCUCCCGGCGCACAUCAGUGCCCUGCUUGAGGCCAAGGCCGCCCAGGCGCAGCGUGCUGAGCGCGCCCUGGCACUGCAGACCGAGCACCUUGAUGGCGCUCCCUUUGCCGCACUUGCCUCGCUCCCGCACGUCCGCUCGCUCGCCCGCCGCCUCGCGGAUCAGACCGCAACAGGCGACGUCGAGCUCGCCGCCACGCUUUCCGCCGCCACCGCCACCACCCGCGCUGCCGCUGCUAAUGCCGCCGACACCCACGCCAUCCUCGCCGACUGGGCCGACCACCCGGCGCAGCACGCUGUCCCGUGGCGCACUGUAGACGACAGGCCGCUGGACGCCUGGCUCGCCCACCAUCGCUCGCUCGUCACUGCCUGGGCCGAGCUAGUCUCGACCGUCGAGUGA